UUCACCACAGUUUUCACAUUUGUGAUUCGUCAAUUGUCCAUGAAGCGCACAGCUGGCUACGCGUUUUAUGUGCGGAACAUAGCCAUAUCAAUUUAAUAAUAUCUAAUAUGCCAUCUACGGACGGCACUACAGAAACAUCACAACUUGUACCUCCGAGCGGCAACGCAAAACCAAGCUAUAUGAAUUUAAUUAAUAAUGUAUGCGCAUUAUUAUUUAAUGCCAUUAUUAUUUAUUGCUGUUUUAGAGAUGGAGUAAAUUUAUUCUCCUUUCACCCUAUUUUUAUGUCCAUUGGGUGGCUAAUAUUCAUGUGUACUGCUGUCAAUGCAGUAACUCCUGGUGACUUUGCUACCGAGUGGAUGCCUAUCCGUUUACGCAGUGCCAGACAUUGGGUAUUGCAGUUGAUGGCAGUAACAUUUAUUUUAACAGGUUUUAUUAUAAUUCUAACAAAUAAAAUUAUACAUGAUAAACCUCAUUUCGUAUCUUUACAUGCUAAAUUUGGGCUUGCUGCUAUAAUAUUUACAUUUUGUACAAGCAUUGGAGGUCUUGGUGCUCUAUAUAGUCUUAAAUUGAAAGAUUUUCUAGCUCCUAUUUAUACCAAAAUAUUGCAUGCCUCUGUAGGGCUCAUGACAUUAUGUUUAGGUGUAAUAACUAUCAUUUUAGGCAACUUUUCAAAUUGGUGGACUUUUGGCGAAUUAUUGAGAUAUACAUGUUUAGUAUUGGUCUUGUUGGUGAUGAUUCUUACGAUUUUGCGACCCACCCUUAAAGUAUAUUUUCGUCUUAAAGAAAGGCUUGGUUAUGCUAAUUAAAUGCAGCACUUGAAAUAUAUUGAGAUUUACAAUGGAUUGGAUUGAAAAUAAGUAUAUGUGUGUAUGUAAUCUUUCAAUGUUAAUCAUUUAAAUGCAUUAGAGGAUAUUGCAGAACUAAAACCUUUAAACCUCAUUUUUUGUUUUGAUAUUAAGUUUAGUUAAUUGUAAAUUGUUGAUUUUAUAUUUGUUGUAUGAUGCCUUUUUAAGAUUUAAUUUAUACUUACAAUAAUUAUUAUCAUAGUCUUUAUUGGUCACAAAUUUUACUACAAUAUAAAAAAUAUUAUACCUAAAUAUUUCAAGAAUAAUAUACCUAAUAAUAAUUGUAUGUGGCUUUUAGUCAUGUAGUAAAUGUCUGUAAGUAGAAGGUAUCUACUAUAUAUUGAACUGAUUUUAUUAUCAUGUAUUCAAAAUCAUAUUUAACUUUGUUAUAAAGAUUUUAUUAAUUAUAUAUUAAUUAGGUGCAAAUUUAUACAUAAAUAAUAUUUUUGAUGAAUUUUUAAAGAAUUUAAAAUGUUUUAUUUAAAUUUGUGAUUUUACUAACUUUUAAAAUUUUACUUGAAAACAAAAUGUCUUGUUUGUAUUGACUUUAUAUUAUAUGCUUGCCAAUAGGUUAUAUUGUAUGGAUCUGUUAUACUGUAUUCAAUACAAGUAAUGUUAUCUCAUGUAACUUAUCAGUAGUUAUCUUUUUAAUAUAUUUCAUUUAUUCUCACAGAAAUCUCUCUAUAUUCUGUAUUUUAUAAAUUAAUUUAUUGGUGUUAAGACUUUUGAUAACUUUUUACUUAUAUAAAUUUUUGAUAAAACUUUAUUUUGAGAAACUAUAAUCUUCCAGUUUUAAAGGAUGCCAAAUUUAGGUUCCUGAUAGGUAGUGAUUUUUCUAUUUUUUUGUUAGUUAUUUUUGAAGAUAAGGUAGAAAUCAAUGUAUGUACUUACUUUAAAUAAUGUAAGCUUGUAAAACAUUCCAAAUAGUGUAGACAUUAGUAAAAAAUGCAUGUGUAAAAAAUAUAAUAUAUAUAUAAUAUAUUUACAUGUAUGUACUUUAGAUAAAUUAUCAAUGCAUAUAAUAAUUGGAUAUGAUCUGAUGUAUUCUGUUAUUCGAAAGAGACAAUAAUUACCUAAAGUCUCACUGCAUGUUUUUUCUAUUAUCUAUGUACCUAUGCCUAACUACAAUUUACUUUUUAAGAUUUUAAAUAAAAUUAUUACUUAUACCAUAAGUAUAUGCAAAUGUUACAUAAAGUAAAACAUAAUAGAUGUGCAUUUACCUAUUUAAACAUUGGAUGUACGGUGUACCAAGUGAAAUCAUAUAAAUUGUAAACUAUAUAAUAAAAUAUGUAACAUU